GAGACUCACAUGUAAGCUAAAAAAAUUUGACAGGAAGGGCGGGUUUCUCCUCUGCCACUCCGUGAUUCCUCCAUGGCUCCCUGCAAUCACGCAUAGGCAUCCUCGCAGCGUCGUGACGCCUGCCGCCGGUAUGGUGCAUCCUGUCGCCUCCCAUCCGGCCCCCACUCGGCGCCAGCGCGGCCGUCGGCGCUGCUGCUACCCCCUGCCUCCCCACCCCGUGCCCCUCUGCGAGGAGGACGAUGACGCCCGGCACCUCCCCACCCCGACGCUCCUCCCCCACUUCCCCUCCCCGGCGCCCCUCCUCUUUCCUUCCCCGUCGCGCCGUGCCCCGCGGGUCCUCCUCGACGCUGAUGCCGUUGCCGCCGCCACCGCGACGUCCUCGGGGUCCUCCUCGCCGUUGUCGUCGCCGAAGCCGAUGGCCGCCGCGCCGCGCCCCGCCCCGCCCCGCGGGCUCGUCCUCGCCGUCGCCAUCGGUCGCCGCGCCGGCUUGCGAUGCAGCUUCUAUUGCGACGACGCCCUGUACCAAGCCACCGAGGGCCAGCAAGGAUUGAUACCAUGGAAUGGAAAGCAAGAUGUUUUGAUUGACAGAUUUGAUGGUCGUGCUCUACUUGAUUUCAUCCGAGACCCGAGCUCUCGUCCUUUUCGAGUCCAAGAAAAGUCUGAAGAAGAGGAAGAUUUAGAGGAAUUUGUUAAUUUUGAACGUUAUCGGGGUUUGAUUAAGCACCGUCGUCAGGAUGUUGAGUAACGCUGUCAUCAACUUCCUUAGCUCUAUUCUGGAUAAGACCCUGAGGAGUACAGUUGCCUUGCUUGCUCCUCGUGGAUGUGGUAAAUCAGCAGCCCUUGGUCUUGCCAUUGCUGGAGCUAUAGCAG